GCGUGAUUUGUAAGCUUCAAUAUGUCUUACCCUCCUUAUGGUGGUGGACCAGGGUAUCCGCCUGCUGGGGUAAGUAGUCAUAAAAUGUUAUAGCAUAAACAUGGGGAACAAAACAUUGCAAUUUGUGGAGGUGAGGGGUGGGGAUGCUACAAUUUAUUUUUCAUCUAUUUGUGCCACCAUUUCAUACAACAAAUUAGAACAUCACAUUCAGUUUGAGACAAAUUUAUUAUGAUACCAUUACUGUUUUUUCACCAUCUACAGUUGUGUUCAACAGAAACAUCUUGGACUUUUAAUGACAUUAAUUUUUUUUUAAUGUUGUUCAUUUUUCAGCCUGGUUACCCCCCUGGUCCAGGAUACCCUGCACCUGGUUAUCCUUCUGAUCCAGGCUACCCUCCCACUGGGGGGUACCCACCUGCUGCACCAGGAUACCCACCUGCUCCUGGUGGCUAUCCUCCUAGUUAUCCUCCUACUGCUGGCGGAUAUCCACCUCCCCCAACGGGAGGUUAUCCACCAGCACCAGGUACAAUCUUACUUGUUUAUAUAGUAAAUAUUGAACAAUGGCGACAGUAUACAUUAAGUUAUGAAACUUGUUCGAAGAUCUGUGUAUACCAUCAGUCAAAGUUAAGUUUAUUAUUACAAUGUAGCUUAGCUAUGAGUAACCCAAAAGGCUGGAGUUCAAUCCAGUUUCUGAAGCUCAAAGCAUUAACUGGGGUAGUCCACAAGAUCAUCUCUGUCAUUUUUCCAAAGUACACGUAGCAUGUGCAAACACUGAGCAGACAAAGUGUAAUUAUCACACCCCUCACCUGAUGGGUUCGAGUGAAGCAGCAUUGAGAUACUAAACGUUAGAGUUACAUGUACACCUGGUUUGAACUUUUGAUCUUUGGGCUGGGGUAAAUUUCCUUACAUCUAUCUAGCACACAAUUUACUGUCUGCAAAGCUCAGCUAAUCAGUUUCCUUUUGUUUUCAUUUUUUGACAUGACCCUCUUCUACAGUUGGAGAGAAAAUUUGAGACACUUUGUGCUAAAGGGCCUUUCUGACAUUCUGCCAAAACAUUCCCUCCUCCACCCACCUCCAAGCAGCGUUUUGCUGCUGUUUGAGCUACCGGUAGAAAACAAAAAAUGCCCCAACUUUGAAUGGAAGGGACAGGGGAUAGGUACAUGUACAGUGUAUGUGUUGUUUUGUUCUCAAAAGUACCCUAUUUGAGGACUUUGUUUCAAAUACUUUGUCAGAAUUGUACAUGUAGCUAUGCUAACUGUGGGUUGCUAGCUUUGUUUUAAAAGCCAAAAUUACUAGCUAUUGUUGUUAUUAUCAGAGUCAGUGCUCAAGACUGCCUGAGGGUAGCCAACUACUUGUAGCCAUGUUCAAAAGUCAGUUUGUUUCCAUGAAGCAAUGUUUUUCUCUCUUGUCUUUCAAGGUAUGAUGCCAGGGGUUAUACCUGGAGGACCACAGCCUGGUUAUGGUGGCGGAGGAAGUUCUUAUGGAGUGCCACCCCCAGUAGGUGGAUAUGGAGCUCCACCUCCAGCUGGGGGAUAUGGUGCCCCACCUCCUGCCAGUGGGUAUGGUGCCCAACCCCCUGUCAGUGGGUAUGGUGCCCCACCUCCUGCUAGUGGAUAUGGAGCACCACCCCCUGCUAGUGGAUAUGGAGCCCCACCUCAUAGUGGUGGGUAUGGAGUACAACAUCAACCUCCACAGCAGAGCUAUUCUCCCUCUCAAGGUAUUGGGCAUUUUUUAUCUUUUUUGCAGAUUUAAAGAUUGUUUUAAUAUUAUAGGAUUCCAUGAGUAGAUUUCAGAUCAAUGUAUAAUCAAAAAAAAUUCGUAAAACUUUGUGGUUUUUGUUUGAUUUAAAUAUAAUUAUGAGUAUGAUAACAGAAAUGAACUGGGAUCCACAAAGCCCUGCAGUUACAAUAAUGAUAAAUCAGACCUGAUACAGGCACAGCAGAUUUUAGAAAGCAGAGUUGUAUUACCGUAAGUAACAUACCUUAAUGUUGUGUUGGAUGGCUGUGGUUCACUGUAUGAUCUAUUUUAUNUUAUCAGAGUCAGUGCUCAAGACUGCCUGAGGGUAGCCAACUACUUGUAGCCAUGUUCAAAAGUCAGUUUGUUUCCAUGAAGCAAUGUUUUUCUCUCUUGUCUUUCAAGGUAUGAUGCCAGGGGUUAUACCUGGAGGACCACAGCCUGGUUAUGGUGGCGGAGGAAGUUCUUAUGGAGUGCCACCCCCAGUAGGUGGAUAUGGAGCUCGAACUCCAGCUGGGGGAUAUGGUGCCCCACCUCCUGCCAGUGGGUAUGGUGCCCAACCCCCUGUCAGUGGGUAUGGUGCCCCACCUCCUGCUAGUGGAUAUGGAGCACCACCCCCUGCUAGUGGAUAUGGAGCCCCACCUCAUAGUGGUGGGUAUGGAGUACAACAUCAACCUCUACAGCAGAGCUAUUCUCCCUCUCAAGGUAUUGGACAUUUUUUAUCUUUUUUGCAGAUUUAAAGAUUGUUUUAAUAUUAUAGGAUUCCAUGAGUAGAUUUCAGAUCAAUGUAUAAUCAAAAAAAAUUCGUAAAACUUUGUGGUUUUUGUUUGAUUUAAAUAUAAUUAUGAGUAUGAUAACAGAAAUGAACUGGGAUCCACAAAGCCCUGCAGUUACAAUAAUGAUAAAUCAGACCUGAUACAGGCACAGUAGAUUUUAGAAAGCAGAGUUGUAUUACCGUAAGUAACGUACCUUAAUGUUGUGUUGGAUGGCUGUGGUUCACUGUAUGAUCUAUUUUAUUUAUUACCAAUAAAUGAAAGUCUGCUUUGAUGGCACACUCUUUCCAGCAGCUGAUAUCUUUAUGCAUACAGUAUCCAACUGAUUCUCUUAUGAGGACUUAAAAUAACCAAUUAAGUAAAUUUUGUAAUUUACUUGAAGAAGCCAUGAAGACAAGGUUUCAAGCUGAGUGCGAAUACCUGUAGAUUUCGUCUUGUUAUGUUUAGUGACUUUAAUAUUAUCACUUACAUUCCUCAAAAGAGAAAUGCAUGAAGCAUUAGCUACUGGCAGAUCUGAUUGAUUUUUCUACUAAUGGCUUAAUUGUUUGUUUUGUUUGGCCUUUUUUUUGUUGAGGUAUGGGGCUAUAUCAUUAAGUACCUGCCAGUUAGUUAUAUGUAUGAAAAAGACCUCAUAAAGUGAUGUGUUUUCUGUGUAAAAAUUACUACCUUUUCCAGCUGUAGUUUUUGCUAGUCAUCUUUUUUGUUUGUUUUUAGCCGAUGAUCAGGGCUUUCACUAAGAGCCAGGGCCCAUUGCAGGGAUUUACCCUGGCAACUAUGAGCAUGACCCCCGACUUCUGUCAGGAAACAAGAAGAAAAUAGAACCAAAUGAAUUUUGUGGCUGUUCAAUUACCCACCUACUAAUAAGACCCAGCAUUUUGAUGAUGUUUAAUAUUUUUCAGCUCCAGUGACUCACAGUGCUCCCCCACCCACGGCACCUGCAUCUGCUCCUCCACCAAAACCUCAAGCAGCCCCAGCAAGGCCUCCACCACCUUCUGGCAGUCACGUAAGUGGAUGGAACAAUUUGAUUGCAUAUUGUGCCCUUAAAAGCUAAGGACUGAAUUGUACAUAAGACGUCCUCUCUCAGCAAUGUGUGUAUGUAUGUAUGCAUGUAACUGUAGCUUGUCCAGUUUUUUCCUGGAGGUCUUAUUUUCUCUAUAAAACAAGAAACUCUGGAAUUCAUAGCAUUGUGAAGCUUGCUUUACAUGUAGGCAUUUAGACAGUGGAAAAAGGGAAAAAUUAUAAUUAUAAUACAUGUAUGUAUAUUGAGUGGAAAUGCACUGGAAUUCCUGUCAGUGCUUAAGCUUCAGGAAUAAUUUGUAGCCCUUUCUUUUAUUUUCUUCUGCAUUUGCAGUUCUCAGUGACCCUUUAUACUCAUAACUGAACAGCUGGAAUAGGUUAUGGUCUUGGCAAGUUAGCAAUAACUGUUUGCUGAGUUUAUCCUUCUUUGCUUUUCCAGGGAGGUGUUCCCACUGCUCAGAUGGCUUCUAUGUCUUUGACUACAGUAAGUAAAUUUUAUUGUUCACAUGACAUGUACAAACAUAAAGAAAAUUUAAUGCAAGCAAUGAUUCCUUUAGCUGGGGGGUGGGGGGGGGGAAAUUAUUAGCAAUUAGGUCUUGAAAGUUGACAAUUCAUUAGGGACUACUGCUGCCUGUUAAAAUAAUGAUGUCUGUUGUAAAAAAUUAACUCAGGCUACUAUUAGGAACCAGUCAUUAGAAUAUAUGUAAGUAUUGACAGAAUGUCCUUAGACUACUGUUAAUUUGUUUUCUUUGUAGAAGUAUGGUCAUCCUACUGUAUUUCCAGCCUCUCCAUUUGAUGCAGAAGCAGAUUGUGAGUUGCUAAGGAAAGCAAUGAGAGGAGUAGGUAAGAUUGACUCAAAUAAAUUAAAGAAAUGCAAAUUGUGAAAUACCAAGCUGUAUGCCUGGGCAAUGGUCUGGUAAUAUACCCUAGUACCCUAUUAUAUACCCUACCGCUCAAUACAGUUUGAAUCAGGCCCAAUCUGUAGACUUUCCUCAGCUAGUCAGUCUCUGACAACUGAUAUAAAUUUACAUGCAUGCCAGUCAGUGCCCCGUUUGGAAACACUUACUUCACAGUGUUUGUGACCUCUAAAAUCUUUAGAUCUUAAGUCCUGCCCAGUGGUGGAGUCUUUAUUAUUUUUCAAAGAAUGCUAAAAUUUCGUUUCUUUUCCUUUUGAUAUUUCAGGGACUGAUGAGCAGGCUCUUAUUGACAUUAUUGUGAAACGAAGCAAUGCCCAGAGAGUAGAAAUCAGAAAAAGAUACAAAACAAUGUUUGGCAAGGUAAGCACUAAGUGUGCAUAAUAUUCAGUGUUGGCAGCCUAAUGUUUAGAUGUUUGGGACUCUUCUUUGUCACGUUCUCAUGAAAUGAUGGCCACUACAUCUUUCCAAUUUACAUACUAAGUGACCAACUUGCUUUUCUCACACUUUUUUGACGUUACAAAGUAUUGUACCACAUUUUUGUGUCGCCUUUGAUGGUCGGAAUACUAUGCUUCAUUUGUGGGUGGUUCUUGCUUACGAUUUAUCAGAGGACUAUCACACAUGAAGCGUUUUUUUUUGGUUUUUUUUUCCAAUGUGGCAUACAGUUCAAGGUUAUUCUGAUCCGGAUAGAGGAAUAAUAUUAGUGAAGACCUGUGUCAGUUAGUGUCUUGAAAAUUGCAUUUAAUUAACCCUUUUUUGAUAGUAUCCAUUGUGUCAAUCAAUUAAUAGUAACCUUUUUAUUAAUCUAUAUGUUAUUUGACAUUGUUAGGAUCUAAUGAAUGACCUGAAGUCAGAGCUUAGUGGUAACCUGGAAGAUUGUUUGUUGGCUUUACUCGAGCCAUCCUCUCUGUAUGACGCCAAGUGUUUGAGACGUGCUAUGAGGGUAAGGCAACACUAAACAGUAUGUUAUACAUGUCUUGAUCUUUUAUCCCUUUGUAUGCACAAUACAAUCAGUGUUAAUGUUUUAUUGACCUUUAUUCUCUUUAUUAUUUUUCAGGGUGCUGGAACAGAUGAGGAGACAUUGAUUGACAUUCUUUGUACCCGUACUAACCAGGUUUGUUGUUACAUGUAUAAUAAAGUGUACUGGGCUAUCAUUAAAGCUUAAAGAAGAUGGUCUCUAAUAAAACACUAGAGCUUUGCACAUUUAUACAACCAGAGGCACUUUACCAAACUGGCAACUCACUUUCACCGCAAUUUUUGUUACCAGAAUAAUUAUUGUCUUCUUUCCAUUGUGACCAAAAUGGUUGCAGCUUGGAGCACUGUGAUAUCGAUGGUCUCAGUCAUGGCAUUUUCUUAUGUUUCCUAGCUUUACAUUCAGAUUCAACACAGUUCAGUCAUUUGAAGUUCUCCCUUGGUUAUUUCCAGUUCAACCAAGCAUCCAGGCACCAUAAUAUUACAAAAGCAAUUUUGAAAUUUAUAUGUUGAGGUUUCUAUAUAAUAGUUAUGAUUGUGUGUGGAAAUGAGAGUUUUCAGUUGUCCUGUGACAUGUCAUGUGAUUGGUUCAAAGGCUUUGUUGUGAAAUGAUAGAAAUCUGCAAAAUGAAAUAUUAUCCACUGUCAUGGUAGAUAUGCGUUGUUAUCGCUUUGAACAAUGGACUGACCUGAGUCUUUUUAAACCAAAAUUACAAACUCUGUAGACUGUAAAUUCCUCAUUAAAGAUGUACACUGUUUGUUCGAUGUAGAAAGGAAGUGGGACAAUAUGAUGCAAUGAAGUAAGCAGAUUUGCAUCAGUAGGUAAUGAUAAUCCAAGAAUGAAUGCUUUAAAAGCAUCAGCUGUCUAUAUUAAUUUUGAGAGACAGACAGUUAACUGUUAUUCAGCUGGGAUCAGUUGUUAUUAUGCUUAGGUGUUGCGUUUGUUUUAUAUGGGUGUCUCUAUCUCCUGAUUUUUAGCAUCUAAUUAUUAUGAAGACAUUGUUUCCAUAAAUUAACCGGUUAUGUUUUCUUUCAUGACAGGAAAUAGCUAACAUCAAAAGGAAUUAUACUGAAUGUGAGUACCAAAUUUUAUUUAUGUUCUUUUAAAGACUUAUGUCUACCCUUUGUUGUGAUCCUAUGUACAAGCAAUCUUGAUGUUUAAUCUAGGCCUUCUUAGUUUUACUGUUCUUUUUGUCAUCAAAUUCUUAGAAAUUAUGGCAUUCAUUACCCAUGACACUAUGACUUCAGAAAAAUAAUGUGAAUAACUUGACACGUUUCUUCUGCAGUAAGCUGCUCAUUUUGUAUAUGCUUUGUAAUUGGAUGCAACUGAAUUGCAAUGUAAAUACAUGGUACAAGUCCACUCUAGUUUCUGUUGAAUGUCAAUUCAAACAUCUUCAAUAGUUUGCCAUUAUUAUGACAUACUUCACCACUUUAUUUUUUCUGUAAAGUACUACUGCUCUGUCUCAACUGGGGAAAAUGAAGGAAGAACAAAAUAUUCUGUAGCUGAUGGCAUGCCUAGCAAGCGUUUCCGUUUGGUUUCGGAGCAAAAAAAGACCGUGGAAGGAGAUUUUCGGUUUUGAUCGCGCGAGAAAUUAAAAUUUGACUCUUGUUCCUCGUUCUUUGCUCCUAAACGGCACAGAAACGCUUGCUACGCAGGCUAUGCAGCUGGUUGCUCAAUACUGUAGUCGUGCAAAAAAAUCUAUAUUUCAUUACAAACUUUUAAGUUUUCCAUAAUUACGAGUUAAGUACAAUAUCCAUGGCCUGCUAAGGAAGUGGAAGAAAAUGCAAAAUGGAAGGCCAGAAAAACUGUUUUUUGUUUAGGGAAGAGUCACGGAAUUUUUAUGUUUCAGUGAAGUCCAACAGUAAGAAAGCAACAGUCAUCUAAAUAUCAAGUGUGGUUUUUCAGAAGCAAAUAUUUUAAAUCUUUUACUUAGAUUACAAGCGUGACCUUGAAAAAGACUGUGUGAGCGAAACCAGUGGUCAUUUUAAGAGGCUUUUGGUCUCUAUGUGUCAGGUAAUGAAAAGAUUUUCCCAGCUCCUAAAUGUGACGUUCGUAAAACUGUUACAGUUACAUGAGAAUAAACCUUGGAGGGGAUGUUUGGAUGGAGACAGGGUGAUACAUUGCUAGAUAACAGCGGUGAGCGAUGCACUUCAACCAGAAGAGAGGCUUUUUCCCUUACAUUAGAAUAUAUGUAAGUAUUGACAGAAUGUCCUUAGACUACUGUUAAUUUGUUUUCUUUGUAGAAGUAUGGUCAUCCUACUGUAUUUCCAGCCUCUCCAUUUGAUGCAGAAGCAGAUUGUGAGUUGCUAAGGAAAGCAAUGAGAGGAGUAGGUAAGAUUGACUCAAAUAAAUUAAAGAAAUGCAAAUUGUGAAAUACCAAGCUGUAUGCCUGGGCAAUGGUCUGGUAAUAUACCCUAGUACCCUAUUAUAUACCCUACCGCUCAAUACAGUUUGAAUCAGGCCCAAUCUGUAGACUUUCCUCAGCUAGUCAGUCUCUGGCAACUGAUAUAAAUUUACAUGCAUGCCAGUCAGUGCCCCGUUUGGAAACACUUACUUCACAGUGUUUGUGACCUCUAAAAUCUUUAGAUCUUAAGUCCUGCCCAGUGGUGGAGUCUUUAUUAUUUUUCAAAGAAUGCUAAAAUUUCGUUUCUUUUCCUUUUGAUAUUUCAGGGACUGAUGAGCAGGCUCUUAUUGACAUUAUUGUGAAACGAAGCAAUGCCCAGAGAGUAGAAAUCAGAAAAAGAUACAAAACAAUGUUUGGCAAGGUAAGCACUAAGUGUGCAUAAUAUUCAGUGUUGGCAGCCUAAUGUUUAGAUGUUUGGGACUCUUCUUUGUCACGUUCUCAUGAAAUGAUGGCCACUACAUCUUUCCAAUUUACAUACUAAGUGACCAACUUGCUUUUCUCACACUUUUUUGACGUUACAAAGUAUUGUACCACAUUUUUGUGUCGCCUUUGAUGGUCGGAAUACUAUGCUUCAUUUGUGGGUGGUUCUUGCUUACGAUUUAUCAGAGGACUAUCACACAUGAAGCGUUUUUUUUUGGUUUUUUUUUCCAAUGUGGCAUACAGUUCAAGGUUAUUCUGAUCCGGAUAGAGGAAUAAUAUUAGUGAAGACCUGUGUCAGUUAGUGUCUUGAAAAUUGCAUUUAAUUAACCCUUUUUUGAUAGUAUCCAUUGUGUCAAUCAAUUAAUAGUAACCUUUUUAUUAAUCUAUAUGUUAUUUGACAUUGUUAGGAUCUAAUGAAUGACCUGAAGUCAGAGCUUAGUGGUAACCUGGAAGAUUGUUUGUUGGCUUUACUCGAGCCAUCCUCUCUGUAUGACGCCAAGUGUUUGAGACGUGCUAUGAGGGUAAGGCAACACUAAACAGUAUGUUAUACAUGUCUUGAUCUUUUAUCCCUUUGUAUGCACAAUACAAUCAGUGUUAAUGUUUUAUUGACCUUUAUUCUCUUUAUUAUUUUUCAGGGUGCUGGAACAGAUGAGGAGACAUUGAUUGACAUUCUUUGUACCCGUACUAACCAGGUUUGUUGUUACAUGUAUAAUAAAGUGUACUGGGCUAUCAUUAAAGCUUAAAGAAGAUGGUCUCUAAUAAAACACUAGAGCUUUGCACAUUUAUACAACCAGAGGCACUUUACCAAACUGGCAACUCACUUUCACCGCAAUUUUUGUUACCAGAAUAAUUAUUGUCUUCUUUCCAUUGUGACCAAAAUGGUUGCAGCUUGGAGCACUGUGAUAUCUAUGGUCUCAGUCAUGGCAUUUUCUUAUGUUUCCUAGCUUUACAUUCAGAUUCAACAGUGUUCAGUCAUUUGAAGUUCUCCCUUGGUUAUUUCCAGUUCAACCAAGCAUCCAGGCACCAUAAUAUUACAAAAGCAAUUUUGAAAUUUAUAUGUUGAGGUUUCUAUAUAAUAGUUAUGAUUGUGUGUGGAAAUGAGAGUUUUCAGUUGUCCUGUGACAUGUCAUGUGAUUGGUUCAAAGGCUUUGUUGUGAAAUGAUAGGAAUCUGCAAAAUGAAAUAUUAUCCACGGUCAUGGUAGAUAUGCGUUGUUAUCGCUUUGAACAAUGGACUGACCUGAGUCUUUUUAAACCAAAAUUGCAACCUCUGUAGACUGUAAAUUCCUCAUUAAAGAUGUACACUGUUUGUUCGAUGUACAAAGGAAGUGGGACAAUAUGAUGCAAUGAAGUAAGCAGAUUUGCAUCAGUAGCUAAUGAUAAUCUAAGAAUGAAUGCUUUAAAAGCAUCAGCUGUCUAUAUUAAUUUUGAGAGACAGACAGUUAACUGCUAUUAAGCUGGGAUCAGUUUUUAUUAUGCUUAGGUGUUGCGUUUGUUUUAUAUGGGUGUCUUUAUCUCCUGAUUUUUAGCAUCUAAUUAUUAUGAAGACAUUGUUUCCAUAAAUUAACCGGUUAUGUUUUCUUUCAUGACAGGAAAUAGCUAACAUCAAAAGGAAUUAUACUGAAUGUGAGUACCAAAUUUUAUUUAUGUUCUUUUAAAGACUUAUGUCUACCCUUUGUUGUGAUCCUAUGUACAAGCAAUCUUGAUGUUUAAUCUAGGCCUUCUUAGUUUUACUGUUCUUUUUGUCAUCAAAUUCUUAGAAAUUAUGGCAUUCAUUACCCAUGACACUAUGACUUCAGAAAAAUAAUGUGAAUAACUUGACACGUUUCUUCUGCAGUAAGCUGCUCAUUUUGUAUAUGCUUUGUAAUUGGAUGCAACUGAAUUGCAAUGUAAAUACAUGGUACAAGUCCACUCUAGUUUCUGUUGAAUGUCAAUUCAAACAUCUUCAAUAGUUUGCCAUUAUUAUGACAUACUUCACCACUUUAUUUUUUCUGUAAAGUACUACUGCUCUGUCUCAACUGGGGAAAAUGAAGGAAGAACAAAAUAUUCUGUAGCUGAUGGCAUGCCUAGCAAGCGUUUCCGUUUGGUUUCGGAGCAAAAAAAGACCUUGGAAGGAGAUUUUCGGUUUUGAUCGCACGAGAAAUUAAAAUUUGACUCUUGUUCCUCGUUCUUUGCUCCUAAACGGCACAGAAACGCUUGCUACGCAGGCUAUGCAGCUGGUUGCUCAAUACUGUAGUCGUGCAAAAAAAUCUAUAUUUCAUUACAAACUUUUAAGUUUUCCAUAAUUACGAGUUAAGUACAAUAUCCAUGGCCUGCUAAGGAAGUGGAAGAAAAUGCAAAAUGGAAGGCCAGAAAAAUUGUUUUUUGUUUAGGGAAGAGUCAGGGAAUUUUUAUGUUUCAGUGAAGCCCAACAGUAAGAAAGCAACAGUCAUCUAAAUAUCAAGUGUGGUUUUUCAGAAGCAAAUUUUUUAAAUCUUUUACUUAGAUUACAAGCGUGACCUUGAAAAAGACUGUGUGAGCGAAACCAGUGGUCAUUUUAAGAGGCUUUUGGUCUCUAUGUGUCAGGUAAUGAAAAGAUUUUCCCAGCUCCUAAAUGUGACGUUCGUAAAACUGUUACAGUUACAUGAGAAUAAACCUUGGAGGGGAUGUUUGGAUGGAGACAGGGUGAUACAUUGCUAGAUAACAGCGGUGAGCGAUGCACUUCAACCAGAAGAGAGGCUUUUUCCCUUAGCUUCCCUUUGAAUAUGCCAUGACGCUACUGAACAAAGUUGUAUGGCUUAAAGUCUUUCCCUUUAUAGAGACGAUCUGCCCAAAAAUGCUAAAAACCCCUUUGCUUUAGCUUUCUAUUACCACGAUAUCAAUAUUUCUCACGUGUCUUGAACAAGACAAGGUAGGGGUUGUUACGUGGAAACGUGUCUCACUCAAAACUCUACAAGUUUGUGAGUGUUGCACCAAAUCUCCCACUGUUGGAGGUUGGAUAGAUAGAGACAGUCAUGUUGUGUUUGUACACGCACUUUUCCCCUGCAACACUACAUGAGGGUGAACGCAGCAGAUCCUCUACUUUUUUUCCUCAAGGAUUCUAUGGAAAAUAAUGAGGUAGGUUGGGUGGGAAAGCAGGGCACUGUAGUGUAUGUUGGGAAGGAAGCGUACCGAGUCUUCUGCUUAUCUGGCCGGAUGCUGGAUUCUGUAUUUUGGGGUCAUCACUACUUCACUUAAUGGGAACAGAAGUCAUUGGCAGGAAGGAAGGCAUUUCUCUCUAUCAACAGAUGGGUAACCUUGAAGAGUUUGAAUUUGCUAAAGGACGCAACUGGAACGGCUUAUGCACUUAAACACCGCGAUGAACUACAAUGAAGUGUAUUAUCAUACCAAGUGGGUAUGGUGUAAUCAUGUUUCGUGUGAAAGAUUUACUGUAUGCAGCUUCACAAUACCUCUUUGUAAGUUAUAAUGUAAAUUGUUUUUUAUUUACUGCAUUCUGAAGGGCAAUCGAGAUGAGUCCACCACAGCUGACUUAGCGAAGGCUCAAAAGGAGGCACAAGACUUGUUUCAGGUACUAAAAAAAAUUGUAUUAAAGUUGAGUGGCUGAGAUCGUCUAUCGAUAAAUAGCCUCUAGUUGCUUCUUUGACGGAAUUGAGUUCUCUUCCGUUUUUCUGGCUUUGACAACCGUCAAGUGCGUUAGUCCGUAUUUAGUGUAAAUAGCAUUAUUAUUCAAUCAAAACAUUGCUCCGUUUCUUAUUGGUGCAAAUUCUCCAGCUUAUUCUGGCUGAAUUCUUCAUAACCAGCUAGCGUUCACCGAACCUUGGAAGACGUUUGCGAUAUCCGGUAAAAUGACGUCAAUAUUGCAGGAUAUCGCUGGAAAAAAGCUCUGCAACCUGACGCCCUAGGGCCGAGGUUGUGAUCGCUCAGCUGUUUUAGUAGGCCGGAGAAAAUGUCCGAAAAUUUCACCCGUUAAGCUAAGAAGAAUAGCCGAGCAAACUACUGCCUUAAAACGAAGUAAGAACAGCUAAAAUACAACUCGACGGAUGACAACUGCUAUUCGAAGAAUAUCUGCCAGACUUAAUAUAAACAUCACUAUAUAUCCUGAAUUGGCCGAGAAUCAAGGAAAUGAAGACAGAAACUUAACGACACGAAGAAGGCAUAUUUUGACCUAUUUGGAAUAGAUAAUAAAACAAUAUUGGAUUCGGCUUUCGUAUGAUCUCAAGAACUAUGCAGGUCUCGGAUGAUGUUAUAACACUCUCCUCGAUAGAUCAUACUCAUCCAAUGAGCUUACAUUGCAAUUGCUAAAUAGCCAAAUAGCCGUGUGAGUCGGAACGAGUGUAGGUAAUAUGUGUUGUGUUUCAUUGUUUUUUCUGUUAAAAUUUUAAUUCCCUCUGUAUUUGGCUAUAUGGAAAUGGAAGUGCCAACCACCACAGACCUUAGCUCUGCANAGGCCGGAGAAAAUGUCCGAAAAUUUCACCCGUUAAGCUAAGAAGAAUAGCCGAGCAAACUACUGCCUUAAAACGAAGUAAGAACAGCUAAAAUACAACUCGACGGAUGACAACUGCUAUUCGAAGAAUAUCUGCCAGACUUAAUAUAAACAUCACUAUAUAUCCUGAAUUGGCCGAGAAUCAAGGAAAUGAAGACAGAAACUUAACGACACGAAGAAGGCAUAUUUUGACCUAUUUGGAAUAGAUAAUAAAACAAUAUUGGAUUCGGCUUUCGUAUGAUCUCAAGAACUAUGCAGGUCUCGGAUGAUGUUAUAACACUCUCCUCGAUAGAUCAUACUCAUCCAAUGAGCUUACAUUGCAAUUGCUAAAUAGCCAAAUAGCCGUGUGAGUCGGAACGAGUGUAGGUAAUAUGUGUUGUGUUUCAUUGUUUUUUCUGUUAAAAUUUUAAUUCCCUCUGUAUUUGGCUAUAUGGAAAUGGAAGUGCCAACCACCACAGACCUUAGCUCUGCAACCUAAUGAUGUCAUUUGACUUGUCUGGUUUCUAGGCUGGAGAGAGGAAAUGGGGUACAGAUGAAUCUCGCUUUAAUGUUGUUUUGGCUUCUAGGAGCUUUCCACAGCUUAGAGCUACUUUUGAUGAAUAUAUCAAGGUAAGCCGGCAAUUUUUUGCAGCAUACUAAUUUCUUGCGAUAGCGUUUAGCUUGAGACGGUCAGUUCUACUUAAUUUUUCCUACAAUUGGACUCGCAUGGCCAAGGUGCCGAGAAAAUGAAUUAUUUCCGAGGCCCAGUUGUUCGGAAGUUUUCUUUUUUUCUUCUGUUCUACAGCAUUUUCGCGGAUAAUUUUCUCGUUUCUUUAUAGAGCAUCAAAUCAUUACAUUGCAGGCGAAAAGAAUUAAACUGAAUUUGCUUUUCAAGCUUUUAUAUCUGAAAUUUGGAUAAGACUAAGUCUGGUUAGUCUUAUCCCUGCUUUGAACAACCCGGCCUUGAUCACCCCUUUCCGAUUUCCUCGGAUCAGUUUAAGGUUCUGCCAACCUUCACCUCCCCUCACCCGAUGUUAAUCCGAAUAAAUACAGACUCAGAAGUUAGACAUGACAACAUUGGGCUUUUCCAUAAUAUUGACUCUAGAAUUACAGUAAGAGGGUGAGUUAAUUUACUGUUUGUGUGGGAUGUGUCUAUGUGGAGUAUGAUGGAGUAAAGCCCGGCAGGCGAGAGCCAAUGUGCCGCGCGUAUCAUGUACAUGGUAUGGAAAACCGUUGCUGGAAGUAGAAGAAAUCUGAAAAAGGAGUCUAUCUUGCGCACUAUUUGUCCCCCCCCCCCCGGGACUCCCAAAUAAAAGUAGCGGGAUGCUCGUGGGGAAGUUGUUAUUAAGCUCCUGCUGGAGAACAGUCUGGGUGUUGUGUUUUAGGCUUUAUUUGACCGUAAGGGAGACUAUACUUCAGCGAGAAAGACGAGCAUCCCUGUCACUUUCAUAUGGGAGUCCCCUUUCCCGGGUAUCUUGUAUCAAGAAAGAGAAGAGACGUAGGCAACAGCAAGGAAGGGUGGAUUUUCGUAUUGCUGCCCUGUCCCUCUCCCUCAGACUGACGACAUUCAAGAGAUAUUUUCUCUAUCAUUAUUUUGCAGAUUUCACAGCGUGAUAUUUUGAACAGUAUUGACCGUGAGAUGUCUGGAGAUCUCAAGGCUGGAUUUAAAUGUAUUGGUAAGUUAAUAUAUUUUUAGGCGGCCUAGUCUGUCAGCAGUUCAUGGUUUAUAUGGGUGGGAGUGUUAGUGUGAGCAUUGUUUCAAACAUAACCAUCCCGGCUUGACAGUGUGGGGAGAACAGGGCGAAGGGAGCCAGGGAAAAUAGGGAGCGGGAGAGGAAAGGGCGAGAGGUGGAAAACGGCUAGGGAGGAAUUCAAGAAAAAAGGGGAGGGGCCGGGAGAUGCAAAAUGCAGGAGGUGAAAGGUUUGGAGCCCCUGUCCCCCUUCAUUCUUAAGGGUCUAUAGGCGAUGUUACACGAGACAAUUUGCCAAGACGAUUUUUAGUGCAACAUUGUGAAACUUGAAUUUGAAACAAAACAAAAUACACACCUACGACGUAGGUAUGAAAGCGACGCUUAAGGGCCACUUCCCGCAAACUUCAAAAAAAGUAAACAGGGCGGUGAAAGCAAGAACGAUUGUUGAUUUAGCGAUUAGAAAUCAACCCCAAAAGAUAUUCCUGGUUCAGUUAUAGUAAAUGAACCUGCGUUGAAGAGUGGACAGUGGAGAAACUAGCCUUCGGCAAGGAUCCUUCGGAAAUACAGGAAACGUCAAGUCUUUUCUAAUAUCGGAACGAGUAUUACAAAUUGCAACAGCGCAGCAUUUGUAAGAACUAUUUUUUGUCGUAGUUGUACGGUGCGUGCUUCUGCCACUUUAUACAAUUUAAUUGAGAUGCAGCCCUUAGACCUCGCUUUCAUGCUUAAGUUGUAAGUGUGUAUGUAACAAUGCUUUGUUCUGCUAAAAAAUCGUCGUCGCGAAUCACCCCGUGUUUAAUAUCGCUUUUAUGGAAGUAGCCUGCGAGCACCUCGCGGCUUCUCCGCUCACUCGCGUGUUCUCUCGCGUCUUGCCUCGCUCGCCAAAAAUGGGAGUAAACGUAAAACCCAAUGUUUUGUUUUCCAGUUAUUGUUCAGCUUAUUACUCGCCUGCACUUGCGGCUCAAGAAAAGGAAAAAUAAAUAAUAAACCAUUAUCAAAUGUAUUUUCACCGAUAGCUUGCCGAUUGAGAAAAAGUAGCCUAUAUUUAUGUAAAUUGUGUUGGUUUUGACAGUGCAAUGUUCAAGGAAUCCUGCUGAAUACUUUGCUGAUCGACUGUGGAAAUCCAUGAAAGGAGCCGGAACUGAUGAUGCAACCUUAAUUCGAAUUGUUGUUUCGCGUUCAGAGGUAGGCCUCUUUUUCUUUUGUCGCUUUUUCUUUCUUCUCUCAAUCAGCUGGAUUAUUCGUUUUAUGAGCAAUCUUGUCCCCUGUGCCUUUGCUGCUCUUUUCCAGCGGAACGAGCAACGGAAGAAGAGUCCUAAAGGGAAACAAAAAAAUUCUGGUCACGGUUUCGUUAUCCUGCGUGAAGUUGUUUACCCAAGAAACGUUGUAAACGGGGUAAACUCUUUUAACGAUUUCAAGUCGCAUAGAUUGGAGUGUACACAAAUGACCUGUCAAAAGCAGAUCGACGUGCUCAUAUCCUUCGAACGGGAUCCCAAUUGAAGCGGGGCGGAAAAAAAAUCGGCGAGCGAGGUGAUCCGAGCGUGGCUUGGGGGACGCAACGCCACAUGGCACCUGGCUCGCUUUCGCCCCUCUCCAAUUGGGAGUCUGUUCACAGGCUACGUGUUCGGUUUUUUUCUUUAUUUGCAAGUAAUUAGCAUAUAAUGAACACGUUUUUGUAAGCGAAGCAGAGUUUUUUUUUCCGAUUUGCCCAGAGGUUAGUGAUUUUUGGUGCUAACGAAAGUGAUCUUGGAACGAGAUUGCUUUUUGAGAUGUAGGAAAAUACCAAGAAAGUCAAACCAAUGGUCACAGGUUUUUAAUGUCAGGAGUGUUUUAUCCGAAGUGGACGGACACUUUUACACUUAAGGCGCAAAUUGUCUUCUUGUGGUUUUUUGCCUCUUCAUUUUGUUUGUAGGCCUCACUCUUAGUCUUUUCAAGAGACAUUCCUUUCAAGCGCCAAAUCUAUUUGUCUGAAAAUUUGGAAAUUCUGCUCGGAAAAUUUUCUUUGAAUCGUGAGAAUCCAUCGCGCUCAAGUUGUCGUUGAUCCAAGUACCCUCGCCGCUCUCUCGGUCCUCCCCGAGAAGAGUCUGUUCAGGGAAGGAGCGCAGGCUCAGUUCAAGAACAGCGGCUGGUAAUGAUCGAGCCUACUUUUGGCAGGACUGUUUGUUUCUCUCUCUAUCUCCCAACCAGAGUGUAUUUUUCAAAGUGUGUGCAUUGUUUGGUCCAACCUCGUUCUGUUUCAGAUUGAUCUAGUUGAAAUCAAAGCGGCCUUCCUUCAGAAAUAUCACAAGACACUGUACAAGAUGAUUCAGGGAGACUGCAGUGGUGAUUACAAGAAACUCUUGCUAACUGCAGUUGGAAUGAACUGAGAUGGCUUUGCAAGAAAAAAAAAUUGUCCUAGCUUUCUGUAGUUUGUUUAUUUUAUUGUUAAUUUUCACAUUUUUUUCAAUUUUUUUUUUCUGUUGCAUACUUCCACCGUAGUCAUGAAUAUUUACUCCGCUUUUAAUGAGAAGACAGUGAGCAGUCCCUUUCUUUGCUAUGAAAUUGAAUUUCUUUGCUGCGGAAAUGUUUCGUUUAUACGGACUGAAAUUCGAGUCCCAUAAAUUCCAUAAUGUACAGAAAUAUUGUUAAAGACGAUGUGGCUCCUGCCCCAGGACUUGACUUGAGACAAACCAUGUAACCCUUAAAUGAUAGAGUCAGUAGUACUUAGGCCUCCUCGCCUCGUGCUCCUGUAACGGAGCAUCGUGUGUUCUUGCAUACGUCCAUUUGCAAAAGACAAAGUCUUGUCACCCUGUUUUCUUUGCACGCUAUUUCUCGCUCCACAAUUCGUGGUAAAACACGGGGGCUGCUCAUUGUAAAAAUACCUUUAGUUCAGUUAUAGUCAUAGAAGUAGCAAAUGCCACAACUUCAACGUGCCUCUUGUUUGUAAUGUAAGAUUUUUCAGUAGCAGUAGUGAGGACGAGACAAUAUUUCAGAAAUGUAGACAUUGUUUUGCGUGUAAUCCUAGGAUUUGGUACCAGUAUAUGGUCAUGCCGCAUCAGCCAAUUUCAGCAAAAGCCUUGAGUCCUUGAGUCGGGCUUAAACUUAAAACCCUAUGUUCGUUUUCGAUAACGAGGCUUGUUUCCAACCAUCUCAAAGUCCUAAACCAUUGAGUGUAAUGAAGGACUUGAGACACCAACUUCUCCUUACUUUUUGUUUGUUUUUAUAGCAGGGCUUGUUUAUUGGCUAUUUUUAAAUAGAGAAAUUCUUAUCUCCGAGGAUAUUCCACCGGCGAAAAAGAACAGGUCGUUUCUGAAAUUUGGCUGAUCCAGCUGAUCCAUACCCUCGUUAGAAUAGCACUUGGUCGAACCAGUUCAGCAUUCAUAAUUGCUCAAGGAGCACUUACCGUCCAAAAAUGUGGCGAUUUCUCUUUCAGUCUUCCGGUCUAUAUUGAGAUUACCGCAAGACUGCCCAAUUCUAAAAUCCAUCGAAUGCUUGUAGGGUAAGAAAAUAAUUGGAAUAAUUUAUAUGUCCGAUCUUCUAAGUUAUUAAAUCAAGCUUGGCAACACUACAGCUGUUUGAAAAGUGAUUUGAUUUCAUUUUAUUCUCUGAGGCUGCAUUCAAACGGCACUGGACGAAUUUUCAACCGGCUGAAAAUUUUGACAGGAUAAAUCGUGCACAAGGGACCUUUUAAUAAUUUUGUUCUGUUCACACGGAAAUUUGAACGGGUAGCGUAUAGUUGAGGUGGUUCCGUGUGAACGCAAUACCUAAACGCAG